AAAGAUUUCUUUUUCUUUACAUUACUGCUGUUUUAGUUUUAAAUAAAUUAAAUUUGUUAUGUUUGCGUGAAUGAAAGUUACUACAAUGAGAAUCACAAAUAUAAGACGCGGCCGAAUCGGCCGUAUGGCCGCAGUGUGUGCUAUUCUGUUAUGUUUGGUUUAUGCUAUUCACAAAUGGUCUUAUAAGAAUGUUGGAGUGGAACAGGAAGUACCUGAAGCUAACCCUCAGAUUUCGGGUGUAUUUAAAUCUCACGAAGGUGUCUUUCCAGAGCUGCGAACAGAUUUGGGCAACUUUGAACCUAAGAUCAUAGUGAGAGUGAAAGGGCCAGGUGAAGAAGGGAAACCGUACCACAUGCCUUCAGAUAGAGAUAAUGACGUGGCAGAGUCUGAGGGGGAAUACGGCAUGAAUAUUGCAGCUUCUAAUGACAUAGCUUACAAUAGAUCCGUUCCGGAUACUCGAGUGGAAGAGUGCAAGUACUGGCACUACCCAGAAAACCUGCCAUCCACGUCUGUGAUCAUCGUCUUCCACAACGAAGGUUUCUCAGUCCUCAUGAGGACAGUCCACUCCGUUAUAGACCGAUCACUGCCGAAUGUUCUGCAUGAAGUUGUUCUGGUCGAUGAUUUCUCGGAUAAACCCGACUUGCAACUACCAUUGGAUAAAUACAUAAAGAGAUGGAAUGGCAAAGUUCGAUUGAUCAGAAAUAAAAUGAGAGAGGGUUUGAUCCGUACGAGAUCGCGUGGCGCACAAGAGGCGACCGGGGACGUUAUAGUAUUUCUGGACGCUCAUUGCGAGGUCAAUGUAAAUUGGUUACCUCCUCUCCUAGCCCCUAUAUACCGCGACUAUAGAAUCAUGACGGUACCUGUAAUUGAUGGCAUCGAUCACAAAACCUUCGAAUACCGCCCCGUUUACCAACACGGUAUGAACUACAGAGGCAUCUUCGAGUGGGGUAUGCUGUAUAAAGAGAACGAAGUGCCCGACAAGGAAGCAUCGAAACACAAGCAUCCUUCUGAGCCGUAUAAAAGCCCUACACACGCUGGCGGCUUAUUCGCCAUAAACAGACAGUAUUUUCUCGAUAUAGGCGCUUAUGACCCUGGUCUGUUGGUGUGGGGUGGGGAGAAUUUCGAACUCAGUUUUAAGAUUUGGCAAUGCGGCGGAAGUAUCGAAUGGGUGCCCUGUUCUCGAGUCGGGCACGUAUACCGCGCGUUCAUGCCAUAUUCUUUCGGGAGUUUGGCUAAGAACCGAAAAGGUUCCCUUAUUACAAUUAAUUAUAAGAGAGUUAUCGAGACCUGGUUCGACGAAGAGCACAAGGAAUAUUUCUAUACUAGAGAACCAAUGGCGAGAUGGUUGGACAUGGGCGACAUUACAGAACAAGUUGCUUUGAAGGAAAGAUUGAAAUGCAAAAGUUUUUCCUGGUUUAUGGAGAAUGUUGCUUACGAUGUUUAUGAUAAGUUCCCGAAGUUGCCUAAGAACGUUUAUUGGGGUAUGGUGAAGAAUCGAGCGUCGGGAGAUUGUUUGGACACUAUGGGAAAAGCUGCACCUGCACAUAUUGGUAUAAACAGAUGUCAAGGAACAGGUGGUAACCAGCUGUUCAGACUGAACGCUGCCGGCCAGCUUGGUAUUGGCGAGCGUUGCGUCGAAGCAGACACGGACAGUGUCAAACAGAGCAUUUGCCGCCUCGGCACUGUAGAUGGACCUUGGAGCUUCGACGACAAUCGUAAACAGCUCCGUCACAGACUCCACAGCUAUUGCCUAACACUUCAACCCAGCACGAAGACGUUAGGCCUAGCGCCCUGCGACGACAACAACACUUACCAACAAUGGACUAUCGCGCAUAAGAAACCUAACUGGUGAGAACUGAUGUUAAGCCUCUUUGCCCAUUAAUCUGUAGCAACGUCUCACGCUGUCAACUGACAGUAUCAAAGCAUUUCCUUGUUAUUGUCACACGAUACUCGGAAUAUACACCAUUAAUCAGGAGAAUCGUUGCUAUAGUAUAUUUGCCAAACAUUACAAUGCACUAUACUGUCUACUCUUUAGAUAUCCUAUAAUCUGUCCUUUUUGAAGACGGAGUAAAAUGACAUUUGUAGAGUUGCCAGUUUUAACAAAAUUUUAAAUAGGUAGUUAUGCUAUUGUUGUUGAUACUUUUAUCGAUAGAUUGUGAAAGUAGAAAUUUUUUUGCCAAAAAUGACUGAAUUGUGAAUGUUACGACGUUCUAAUGAUUACUAAUUGCAUUAUUCUUAUUUUGACAAUAGGCCUACAAGUAUCAAGAUCAUUUUUUAUUCAUGUACAUUUUAUCAAGAAUAGCCGGGUUUGACUAUCUAUAUUGAAUUAAAAUUAAAAACUUUAUAAAAGAGGAGACUUUUUUUUAUUUUUCUUAAAUAUAGCUCUACAUAAAUACAACUUCCAAAUUGACAAUUCAAAGGCAACAAGUUCAGCUAUUUAUUCCAUAAGCGUGACGAAUAUUCAGUCGAUAGUCGAUCAUUUAUCAACUGCAAACACUAGCUGCUCGCAAGCAGGCAACACUUUUGCGCAAUGAACUGUCAUUUUACUCCGUAUUCGAAAAAGACAGGUUAUAAUACUCUGUAAAAUUUAAAAUGUCUUCAGACCCUAUGUGUUCGUAGUUUUCUAUUGGUCUUUUAUAGUAUAAAAUAUAUACGAGAAUCAGUGUAAAUAGUAGUAGAGGUCAAUGGGCAAAGACCAGGCUUAUUCGAUGUAUAAAAUUUUGGGACUACAAAAUAGCCUGCACAUUACACGCAGUGGCACUAUUUCCCUAUCGAAUAAACAACGAGUAUUAAACUUUGUAUGAAUCUAAUGUUACCCAACGGAAAUUUGAGCAUCACAUCCCAUAACGUUUUUCCAAUAUGGCGGAUCUAAGGUGGCCGCCAUAUAAAAUCGGAAUCUCUAUUUACAUUCACCAAACAUGGACAAGGGGUUUCUUCUACGUUGUUACGUUAGUUAGCACUGUUAACUUGCACGGUGCUAAGUUUUUGUCACAUGAAAUGUUAAUAAUGCAAAUAUUGUAGUCACUAAGAACAUGAAGAUUAUACAGAUAAUGUGCUCAAAUAAUCUAACUUAGUGCCGAUUACACGUAAGUACGCACAAACACAUACUGUAACAGGUUGUAACCUUGCCACCUCAGACCGCGUUUGUUUGCACUACAACUAAACUUUUCAUAAUUUUUUGUUAUAUCGCGUACAUUUCUCAAAUUUUUAUUUAAACGUCGAUGUGACAGAUUUAUUAUAAGAAUUAUGAUUGACUUUAGAUUUAAAUACUCUUCAUAAUUAAUUUAGUGUUGAUUUAGUAUCUGGAACUGUUUUACGAAACCCACACACUUAGUGCGGUCCGAUGCGGCAUGAUUCCGUACAAAUCAACCGCGUCCCCUUUAUUGUCAGUCUAAAAAAUAAACUGCGCUUGAUGCAUGAAGCACCUUAGGGUGAUCAUAGAUGUGGCAGUAUACUUAGGUCGGCUGCCACCUGAAAAGAAGACGCGGAAACUCAAUUUUUUUAAUCAACGGAAAAAAUGGGAACAUCGCUUGUGGACUUGUGGGUUUCGGAAUUAUAGAUGUUAUUGCGAAGCAUGUUGAUAAAUAUAACUUAUCCCUAAAUGUACAUAAAGCAUUAUUUGGCGAUUUGUGAUUGAAAUUGCAGUUGUACAAAAGUAUUUUCUUGUACCUAGCUAAUAAAAUGACGUAUGUUCCAUUAGGCUCGGCGCCCACUUACGGUACGGCACAUACCUUGAUGUCAUGACAUUAUAGUUGAAUUUUCAACGAUAAUUGGCCAUAGCUACGUAAACAAAGCUGCUGUAAGCUUAGAGAUACCGAGCCGGCAACCUUCGGGUUACUUCGGCAGGAUUUUACGUUUAACGUUGCAACUGGUCUGACGAGAGGCUAGGCGUGAGCACGAUAACGCGAUGCUUUGGCAAGCCGAAGUAUCUCUUCCCAUACAGAGCCGCUAAUGGGCACUGGGCCUUAAAAGUAUCAUACUACUGUGUUAUAAAAAAAAAUCUGUCUGUGUGUUGCUGAAAUGAGUUGUUGAAAAUCAGCACUGAUUUGUGUAAAAACUAACUUUCUAUAUAAAAAGAGAUCUUUAUUAUUAAGUGUUCUAACAUUAGAUUAACGUACCGGUGAUUUUGUAGAACAGCGGCCUGUCUCAAAAUAUCUAAUUCAUUAUUUCAUUAAAAUGGUUUAACAAAACUAUGGGCGUUCUUAUCUAACGAGCCCAUGAUUAUAUUCGACCAAUAUAUUUGUACAUAAUAUCUUUUGCACAAUACAGUUUAGAUCAUUCUGAAUACAUUGUAUAAUAAAUAAAUCAAAUGAACUACGUUUAGGACACUGUUCUAGAGAAGCAGCGGUAUAUCAAAUAUCGAUAUGAUUAACAUGAGAGAAUAAUGAAAAUAUAAGGUGUGGGCAAAAGGUUUCUAAGUAAACGUAAACUAUGAUCUUGUACCGUGGGGACAGUCCGCCUGUACCACGCGAAUUUGUUAUUUAUUACUACGAAAUGGCUUUCGUUUUGUCUUCCGCUCCUGUCGCGCCGCGACACAGGGCAUGUGACGCGCGGCAGAUGCGUAGCGUGAUCGUGAAAGCAGCUGACUAAUAUUCGAAAUUACAAUGACGUAUACAUUAUUAUUGUAGAUAAGUUGAAAGUUUUCGUUUGGCAGUCUUCGAAUUACAUUGUUAUUUUAUCAACUAGAACCGCGUGAAAAAAAAAUUAGUUAACUCUUCUAAAAUGAAAGAGAAAUAAAGAAUAACGAAACUAUUGACCACCAAUACACUGCGCCCAUGCUUACCUUACAGUGAUGAUUAAUCAAAUCACAUAUCAGUUUGUCGACAUGAUUGGCUGUUUGUAGUAAUAUAGCUAUUAUAGUUUACUAUAUUACUAUAUUCAAAACGAUUAUGAUUUUCAAAUACAUAGAUGUAAAUUUAUUUGUAAGUCAAUGCGUAAAGGUAUAUAUUUUUCAAUAAAUUUCUGUACAAUUUCCGUAUUUAGGGCCCAUACGUUUUAACUUAAAUAAGCGCGCGGGCGAGUCUGGCUUGUCUUUGGUCUACGCGGCCACCGCGCGAUUGUAUUAUUCAGAGGAAUUAGAAUGUUGUUGCUUAGUAAAUAGAAUUCAGAUUGGCCAUUAAUGUACGGGAAAGCGUGUAACAGGGCGAUCGCCCCGCGGCGGCCACGCGAGAGCUUUCAAGUCGUGUAACCGGGCGCUUAGACUAAUGAUUUUCGUUGAGAUUAUUCUAUGACUAUUUUUGUACUUAUUUCUAUAUACAUACAUUCCGUUACUUAUACUUAAGGGCUUAAAAUAUUCAAAUAGCUGUUUAGAACUGCUAGAUGUUAAACAGAAUUUAAAAUAUUAUCAAGGGUAUAAUCUGGCUACAUUAGGAAAUUUCUAACUACUAAUUUGUUCUUGAGAAAAGUAUAUCAAAAUGCAACAUCGUUCUUUGAAAUAAUAUAGAUUAAAAAGUACUUCUGGGGCUAUCAAUAAUUUACUCAAUAAAGGAUAGCACAUAUGUGCUAAAUUAAUGUAAAUUACGUACGUACAUUAUUGUACGUCAUUAAUGUGCUUUAAUUUUGAAUUUGUUUAUCAUCAUCGGUUGAGCUCAUUAGCUUAAAAAUUAUGAUAAUUGUACAUUAUUAGGCAUGUCGAGAAUGUAUCAAUUGGAGACCGAAGUCUCUGCCUUCGUCAUUUGAGUCUAGCCAUGACAGUACCUACAAAGAUGCGUUUGAACAUUUUACACAAGAUUACGCCGAAAAUAUUCAUGUUUGUAUUAUUUUGUUGUGUGAAAUGAAGUUAGUUAUUAGUUAGCAUACUAGCUAGGUAACUGUACACUUCCUGUAAUAACUCAACUUUACUACACGAAAGAAAAUUAUCAUCAUCGAUUCAGCUCAUCAGCUUAAAAAUUAUGAUAAUUGUACAUUAUUAGGCAUGUCGAGAAUGUAUCAAUUGGAGACCGAAGUCUCUGUCUUCGUCAUUUGAAUCUAGCCAUGACAGUACCUAUAAAAAUACGUACGAACAUUUUACACAAAAUUACGCCGAAAAUAUUCAUGUUUGUAUUAUUUUGUUGCGUGAAAUGAAGUUAGUUAUUAGUUAGCAUACUAGCUAUGUAACUGUACAUUUCCUGUAAUAACCCAACUUUACUACACUAAAGAAAAUUAUCGUCAUCGAUUCAGCUCAUUACUUGUACAUUAUUAGGCAUGUCAAGAACGUAUCAAUUAGAGAUUCGGAGUCUCUACCUUCGUCUUUUGGAUCUAGCCAUGACGGUACCUAUAAUGUGUAAUGUGUAAGUCAGAAAAUCUGUGGUCAGUUUUUUCUCAUGAAAAAUCAUUUCGAAGAGUGCGACGAAGUCAUUUUCAUAACUACCCACGAUUGUACUUGUCAGCGCGAAAUCGUCGUGAUGAAAGUUUUAAGACCUAUUAAAAACCUCGACUAGUUUAUAACGCCUUACGACUAGACCAGAAGUUUAACCAUUAAGUCUUGAAAAUGAAACUAUUUUUCUGGAUUUUUUCAAACAAACCAACGUUUCGGGCCCUUUACAGGUCCCAUGGUCACGGUUGACUGAGGUGGUACAAU